AUGCUGUUCCGCGCCGGCCUCCAAUCCAUGCGUACCCUCCCCCGCACCUUCCCGCGCUCGACACCCCUAGCAGCGCCCCUGGCGCCCCGCGCUCCGCGCGCCCUCCCAACCCAGGCCCUCUCACGCCGUUCCGUCGGCGGCGUCUCGGAGCGCGAGCCCGGCAACAAAGUGCCCAAGGACGUCGUGCCCCUCAUCACGGCCGUGAGCUUUGCGCUCCUGCUGGGGAUCUUCAUUGGCGCGCGACACUUCCAGAAGGACCCGACGCUGCGCACACAUCGUGAAGACGCCGUCGAUCGCGAGCCGACGGAUAAGGCGCCGCCGGCGCCGGAGUGGGAGAAGAGCCCCAGGGCUGGCGGGAGGCACUAG